AGUCGUGAAGAAUCAUUGUCUCACAUGGCCAGUACGGCACAGAUUGAAACUGGUCGUGAAACGCUUAUUGAAAUCGAUAAAGAAGGAAAGGGUCUCGGCUUGAGCAUUGUUGGAGGUUCUGAUACAGUUCUUGGAACAGUGGUUAUCCAUGAGGUAUAUCCAGACGGAGCUGCAGCUACUGAUGGACGCCUAAAACCUGGUGAUCAAGUUCUAGAGGUUAAUGGCAUUUCGCUCAGGGGUGUUGAACAUGAACAAGCAAUAUCAAUUUUGAGGAGGACGCCUUCUAAGGUACAAAUGAAAGUCUUUCGUGACCUUAACAUACAGCUAUCGGUACUAGACCCCACUCAAAUAUAUAAUAUUAUGGAAGUAGAGUUGGUAAAAAAAGCUGGUCGAGGUUUUGGUUUGAGCAUUGUUGGUCGCAAAGAUGAACCUGGAGUUUACAUAUCAGAAAUUGUUAAAGGUGGUGUCGCUGAAAUGGACGGCCGACUUCUGCAAGGAGAUCAGAUUUUGGCAGUAAAUGGAGCUGACGUAACAACAUCCAUGCAGGAAGAUGUCGCAGCAAUGUUGAAAGCUUGUGUUGGCUUAGUUUCACUAAAAGUCGGUAGAUGGAAGUUGUCGGAGACAACGAGUCAAAAACAAAAAGUUCUUAAGAAAGUGACAAUUCCGGUUCAAGACAGCAAGAAGACAGACGAUAAGAAGAAAGUUCCUGUUUCUCCUGACGGCAUAUUACCGCCACCGGAAAUACGGUUGUAUUCGCCAGCAACAGAAAAUAAAGAGACAAAACAUGCCGCAGAAGAAACUGCAGUACAACUCCCUCCUCCUCAACCACCUUCAUCCCGGCCAUCAGCUAUUCCAACUUUACUUAUCGAGGAAGACCGAAAUGGAAUUAUGCAUUCUGAUUUGUCUCCAGUUACCGAGGAGCCAAGCAGCAGCAUUGAUCAGCGAUCAGUGAGUCCUGAAGAAGAAGAAACGGAUGAAAAACAACCAAAAAAAGGUGAGAGUAAAGCCGAAAGCUCGACAGAAGUUGUUUCUAAAAAAGAAACUGUAACCCAGACGGAAUCACAUAUAGAAGUGUUACCGGAAUUGUAUGAAGAAUGCAGCGAAACACUGAUGAUACAGUUGAAGAAACAACCUGAUCAGCAGCUUGGCAUGGGAAUAGGAAAAAGAAAUAGAGGAAUUUUAGUAACAUCAUUACAGCCGGGAAGUGUUGCUGCUGAAAAAUUAAGAAUAGGUGAUAGAAUUAUGGCAGUCAAUGGUUUACCAGUAACCGAUCAGACUUCUGCAGUGACGUUGAUCAAAGCAAGUGGAAUAGAACUUUGGCUUCAGAUAGCUCGUCCGCAUUAUUUUACCUACAAGCAACAACCGUCUUGA